CGGUGCGGAGCUUCCAGCAGCGCUAUGUUGGGCCACAGCAUCUGGAGGUUCACAACCUCUGUGGUCCGUAGGAGCCACUAUGAGGAGGGCCCUGGGAAGAAUUUGCCAUUUUCAGUGGAAAACAAGUGGGCGUUACUAGUUAAGAUGUGUUUGUACUUUGGAUCUGCAUUUGCUGCACCCUUCCUUAUAGUAAGACAUCAACUGCUUAAAUCAUAAGGAUGUUUCAGUUCGUCCAUUUAACAGAUAUGAAGAGCAUUUUAAGAGAUACAGCCUCUGGAAAUGGAUCAAACUCUAACUCAUGGCAUACUAG